AUGAUUCACUUCGCUUUAUUGGGUGGUUGUGUCCACCCUGAUGAUGAAAUGGCUAAAAGAAAGUCAUUAUCUUUUGUCUCUAUUGCCUUAGUCUUAGCAGUUGCAAUCGAUGUAUUUAAGGCCUUGGCAAUGUAUCUAGGAUUAGGAAUAUUUCUCAACACUAUGGCAUACCUCCUGUAA